AAGUCUUUAACCAGAUUGUGGCGACAAUGUGGAAUAUACGACCACAAGGGUGACUGAGCGGAGCUUUGAAGAAAAACCAGGGGCAGCGGGACCGGGAGCGGGAGCGGGAGCGGGAGGCGGUGAGCCGGAGGAGGCGGUAGGAGAGCGGGGUCCUGAUGGAAAACACUCGCGAUCUGACUGAGCACUCUCCACGGUCAGAAAGGAAGAGGAGGGACUCGUUUGGAAUGUUUGACGGUUAUGACAGUUGCAGUGAGGAUAGCAGCAGCAGUUCGAGCUCUGAUGAGAGUGAAGAGGAAGUUACCUCAAUACCAGCUAGUCUCCCACUUAUCAAAACCAAUGGACAAGUGUACACUUACCCUGAUGGCAAAUCUGGAAUGGCCACCUGUGAGAUGUGUGGAAUGGUUGGUGUGAGAGAUGCUUUUUAUUCCAAGACAAAACGAUUCUGCAGUGUUUCGUGCUCCAGAAGCUACUCAUCAAACUCGAAAAAAGCCAGCAUUUUAGCCAGACUUCAGGGAAAACCCCCAACAAAGAAAGCAAAAGUUCUACAGAAACAGCCGUUAGUGGCUAAAUUGGCAGCCUACGCACAGUACCAGGCAAGUCUCCAACAGAACCAAACCAAGAGUAAAGCAGCAGUCACUGUGGAAGGUUUUGACUGGGGUCAAUAUGUUUGGAACAAUAAAUUUAUUGGGGCACCUGUCAGCUGCUUUAAGCACGUACCGAUGGGGACUCACUGGGGAGAUAUUGCGGAGGGUGUAAGGGUGGAAGUACCAAACACAGAUUGCAACCUGCCUACCAAGGUCUUCUGGAUUGCAGGCAUCAUAAAGUUAGCAGGUUACAAGGCUUUGCUCCGAUAUGAAGGUUUUGACAAUGACUCUAGUCUUGACUUCUGGUGUAACAUAUGUGGUUCUGAUGUUCAUCCAGUUGGCUGGUGUGCAACCAGUGGCAAGCCGUUAGUUACUCCUCGCACUAUCCAACACAAAUAUACAAACUGGAAAGCUUUUCUCGUGAAAAGACUGACUGGUGCCAAGACCCUUCCACCUGAUUUUUGCUCCAAGGUUGUCGAAAGCAUGCAGUACCCAUUCAAAACUGCCAUGCGUGUAGAAGUUGUCGAUAAGACUCACCUCUGCCGGACACGAAUAGCAGUGGUUGAAAGCAUAAUCGGUGGUCGUUUACGGCUUAUCUACGAAGAAUGUGAAGAUGGAACAGAUGAUUUUUGGUGUCAUAUGCUGAGUCCACUCAUUCACCCCAUUGGUUGGUCUCGAAGUAUUGGACAUCGAUUCAAAAGAACAGAUGGUUCAAAGAAGCAGGAAGGACAGUGUGAUGCUGCACCACAGCUGUUUGCAAAGGUGAAGGAUGUGGACCAGAGUGGAGAGUGGUUCCAGGAAGGGAUGAAGCUGGAAGCAAUUGACCCACUGAAUCUGUCUGCAAUCUGUGUGGCAACUGUCCGCAAAGUAUUAGCUGAGGGUUACCUGAUGAUUGGCAUCGAUGGCUCCGAGGCAGCAGAUGGCUCAGACUGGUUUUGUUACCACUCUGUAUCUCCAUCAAUCUUCCCUGUGGGAUUCUGUGAAAUCAACAAGAUUGAACUUACACCGCCCAGAGGUUACUCCAAAAUUCCUUUCAAAUGGUUCGACUACCUUAGGGAGACGGGAUCGGUUGCUGCCCCUGUCAAACUGUUCAACAAGGAAGUUCCAAACCAUGGCUUUCGAGUGGGAAUGAAAUUGGAAGCUGUCGAUUUGAUGGAGCCGCGCUUGGUGUGUGUGGCAACUGUUACCCGCAUCGUCCAUCGGCUCCUCAGGAUCCAUUUUGAUGGAUGGGAGGAUGAAUAUGACCAGUGGGUAGACUGCGAAUCUCCAGAUCUCUACCCUGUCGGCUGGUGCGAAUUGACAGGCUACCAGCUUCAACCACCAGCAUCACAGUCCUCGAGGGAGAAUCAGGCCAAUGUGAUGAAGAAGAAAAAAGCAAAGUCCAGCCAGUACAAGGGACACAAAAAAACAAGCAGCAGUAAACACCGAGAUAUCAUCAUCUGGUGACCAAAGGCUGCUGCCAUCUCUCCACGGCGUUUACUGGCAGCUACCAGUGAUAUCACUGGAGCACAAGGUGAAUUUUAUGGAUGUCACCCGCCAAGUUCUGACUCCUUCACGGUGCCUCUUGAGCAGGAAAGCGAGGUGACGUGGCAGCUAACCCAGCAACCUCGGAGACACGGCCUCCGUGCUUGUAUCAAGCAUGGAUGCUUGACUGAAGCAUCUGCUCUUUUUAAUCAGUUGGAUCCCAACAUGGGAGCAGUUCACCACAGGUCCUGCAGGCUGUGAUAGCGAGAACAUGCAGUGAUUACUUUUUUUAUGUACACUUGGACAGUUCUUUUCUGGUUCAGGAUGGGUGAUAAGGCUCGAGUUUUUGGUUCCCCUGUUGGACGUUCUUGUAUAUUGUACUUGAAGUUAUUUUACUGGUGGGAUGGGAAGGGAGAAUGUCUGUUUUUGGUGUUUAAUUUUUUAAAAUAUAAAAUGCUCUCAUGAGCAUUCUGUGAUUACAUAUUCAGGUGAAGUUAUGUUAACUUCUGACACUCUGCAUCCUCCAUAGGCGCUACAUGCCAGACAGUUCCACCUCACUUCUUCAUUUGAGGUUGAACUUUUUUUUUGUAUAAAUAUAAAAACCAGAAGAAAACCCCCUCUCAGGAAGUUGAUGCCUGGUCUUGCUGACUCUGCCUGUGUGUGUGCAUGUGUAUCUAGGGUGCAGCCAGUUCUUAUCCUCUGAGCCAGUUGUGUUUUAUUGUCGAGUACUGAGUGGGCCCCACAAGGAUUGAAGUCUUUAUAUGCAGUAACGUUGUUAAUUGGUAUGGUUCCACAUGUUGCUUCUGCAGACUUUGGAGUGACUGUGUUGGUCCUCUCACAGCUCUCUUGUGCUCAACCUCAUUUUAUUGCUGUUUUGAUUUUCCUUUUGUUUAACGCUAACGAGGCAAUGUUUGAAAUGAAUGGAGAAGUGUUGCUAAAGAGAGCACCUGAACCAGCAAAUUCUGGGUGGAUCACUCUGUGAUCCAAGUGGCCUGUUAUGCUGCAACUUAGUGUUUCUCUUUACCCUUGCUAGGAGUUUGAAAGCAUCGUCUAGAGGACAAUGUUUGAUCUGGCAGCAUGACUAAUGUGCAUUACAGUUUCUUCUCCUGCCCUGGGAUGAUCAGGGAUGUAGGCAGGUGGUUGGCUGCUUUCAGCUACACCAGAGCUCCCCUGUAAUUGGUUACUUGGUGAAUGUGGGGGAGGGCAAAGGGAGUGUUUGUUGGUGGCCACCUCUCCUUCCCUCCCUUUGCAGCAUAUCCAAGGAGCAGUCAGUAGGCACUUCCACCUUGCCAUUGGCUGCUUGAGAGGCUGCUGUGUAAACUGGAUUCUGUUCCACUUAGUGGCAGAUUCAUGACAAGGAAGAUGGCAUUCACUUUACCAACAAAAUAAACAGGAGACACCCUCAUUUUGUUUCUGUCAUUGUUAAGCAAGGCAACACUAAUAUUUUAACCAUUGACUGUCUACAGUCAGUUCACCACCUGAUCUAUCUUGUGUCGAGGGGUUAGUUUCCCAUGGAUUGGGAGAUGAGGGAUGGAUAAAAAUGCAUAACCUGGUCUCUUCAACCCCUAUUGCACCCCUCAGCUUUUCUCUAAACUCUUAUCGGAGAAGCAUCAGAUUUCAAUGAGAUGCUGACAUUGUCUCUCAAGCAGACAGAGUUUAAUGCUGUGCAUUGGAAUCCAGUGUUCAAGGAAAUGGGAGCAUACAGAGCGCCAGCAAUAGGCUUUCCACUCUUCCUUUCGAGUGACUGGGUGUGGGCAUUGAAUAGGAGUGUGUGGACACAGCCUUCUGACAGUGUUGUGGUUCAGGCUCUGAUCUAGGUGUCUGCAGGAUGAAAGGAAAGAACAAGGACAGCUCACUAAAUUUGGCUCCCACCUGCAAACCCAAUGGAAGAUUCCACUUCCCAAUGUGGCUUUCCAGUCAAAUUGUCCUGGCUUGUUCACAACAUGUGGUUGUUCAGUCCAGGAUAUUAUUGGGUGUGUUCUGUGGAACCAUCUUCUCCAGAGCACAAUUUACAAUUCAAAGCUUCUUUGAAUUUGUAAACAUAAUUUGACAGAUUUGAAACUAACUGACUGACCAAUCUGUCAUCUCUUGAGUAGAUUGGCUGUGGAUUCUAUUUUAACAAUCUUCAUAACUUCCCCCUCUUUCUAGCCUGAGCUUAUCGUCCCAGCCUAUCUCUGUAUUUGAGAAAAGUUGCAGGCAGUGGGAACUGGAUGGAAUGGCAGGUCCGUGUUGAAUGUGCACCCCAGCAUCUCCAAGAUCAGCAAUCUAACCUGCAACUUGCUCUCCCUUCAAAAUAUUCAUUACUGAUUCAAAACGUAAACGCAUCCAGGCUUGCACACAACCUCUGGUGAUCCCAUGCAUGCUGCAGACUAACAUGUCAGCAGCUUUUUUCUUCACAAUGUGAGCUCCUCCCUGAUUUUUGUAAUAUGGUGCUACAUGAAUCUUUAAUAUGGAUCAUUUCUUAAGAGGGAUUUUGAGAAACUGUGAUUUGAUUCAGGAAAAUUCUUCUAUUCUCUUCCUGUUGGGCAGUCGCACGAAUUUUGAUAAAAUUGCAAAAAGGGAAAAAAAAACAUAGUUCCUAGAAAUUCUUUUCCUGCUGUUCCUGACACUGAGCAGGACAGCAAUGUUGUAGCUAAUGGUGGGAUUUAUACAUUGUUUUCUCUAUGUAUUUUGAUAAUCUAAAUCGAUAAUUGUACAAAUGUAAUCUUUCCUUUUUACUUCGUACCGAAGCUAUGGACAAGAAGAUGCCAAUCUCUCAGCAUCUGCACGUCCAAGCAGAGAACUUUUCUGUUUUGUUUUUCAGAAAUACUUUUCACUAAACAUUAGUUGCAUUAGUCACAGCUUUGUGUAAAAAGAAAUGAAAAUUGUUCACUAAAUGGUCAUUUUUUUACACUUAAUAAAACCUUUUAAAUGGA